CCUUCCCAUCUACUCACUGUUUUUCCAAAUCUUUUAAGCUGAAAGAGCUUCAAUAUUGCAAGCCCUAUUUUCUUCUGCUUGCUUUAACACUAGAAUGGGAAGGACUCCAUGCUGCAACGCCGAUGGGAUGAACCGAGGUCCAUGGACACCGGAAGAAGACAAGAAACUCUUAGCCUAUAUUCAACAAUAUGGCUGUGGAAGCUGGCGUUGUUUGCCACGAAAAGCAGGUCUUCAAAGAUGUGGGAAGAGCUGCAGACUGAGAUGGAAUAAUUACCUCAGACCUGAUAUUAAGAGGGGGCAGUUCAGUUUACUUGAAGACCGAACCAUCAUCCAACUUCAUGCUCUUCUUGGCAGCAGAUGGUCCGCUAUAGCCACACACUUGCCAAAGAGAACUGACAACGAGAUCAAGAAUUACUGGAACACACAUCUUAAGAAAAGGUUGGCCAUGAUGGGCAUCGAUCCAGUUACUCACAAGCCAAAAGGCACCGUUCUUGAGUCUGCAAAUGGUGACCCCAAAAGCGCAUCCAAUCUUAGCCACAUGGCUCAGUGGGAGAACACUCGGCUUGAGGCCGAAGAAAGACUAGUCAGAGAGUCACAGUUAUGCUACCAAUUAUACGAUCUGCCGCCAGGCUUUUCUUCAGGAAGAUCAUCUGCUGCAGCCUCGGGCAUGCUACUCAAUGAAACAACCACCAGUAAACUCGCACCCCCACGUUGCCUUGACGUUUUGAAAGUAUGGGAAAGCGUGAUGUUAGAGUCGAUGCUAGCUGCAGGAAAUGAUCAUCAUGGUGGCGUCGAUUCUGGUUGCGUUUUUGGUCUUGGCAUGGGUGGCCAUUCUGAUAUUGCCUCUGAGAUAUCUGCAUUAGGUUUCUUGGAGAUCAACGCAAGGGAUCAUCAAACGUACUUAAAUGAAUUCAAUGAAAUAUCAACCAUGCAGCUCCACAAGAUGAAUCUGGCUACUGGGGACGUUGGAUAUCGUCGUCAUCAGUACCAUCAUCAUGAUCAUGAUGGUGUUUUUAAUAAUAUGCCCCACCAUAUUUUAUCUGCAAACAGCUUGAUUACAGGCAGUGCUGGAAGUGGAUCAAGUAAUGCUGUCGAGGAACGAGCAAGAAAUGAGACGAAUUAUUGGCAUGAUAUCAUUAAUACGGGGAGUUACUAACUGUCAAAGAAAUUACCAGUCGUUUGAAUUAAUAAUGUAGGUAGCUAGCUAGCUAGCGAGCUGGGUACGUAUUUUCUUGGCAACCAACGUCUCCCUCCCCCUCUUAAAUGCUACUGAUUUUUGUUUUUUACAUUGUAAUCAAUAAUCAGAAAUCGACAUUUAUUAAGUUGUACGUGUUCAAAUUCUGC